UGUGUAUUUAAGCAGAUGAAAUGUAUCCUCUGGUACUUUCAUCUAAUAUCAGCUAUCCAUUCACUUCUCAUUGACAUCCUCUCUAUUCAGCCAUGGCUUUCUCUGGCAAGUGGGAGACUGAAACUCAGCAGGGAUACGAUGACUUCUGCAAACUUCUUAGUAUCCCUGAUGAUGUGAUUGAGAAGGGUCGUGAUUACAAGGUUGUGACAGAGGUGGUUCAGAACGGUGAUGAGUUCACAUGGACUCAGCAUUACCCAGCCAACCACAACCUCACCAACAAAUUCAUUAUCGGCAAGGAGAGUGACAUGCAGACCAUGGGAGGAAAGAAGUUUAAAGCAACCGUCACUCUGGAAGGGGACAAGCUGAGGACACAAUUUCCUAACUACAACCACAUAGUCGAGAUCAGUGGUGGAAAACUGGUUGAGACUUCCACGGCCACUACAGCUAAAGGUCCAGUUACCAUGAUCCGAACCAGCAAGAAAAUCUAAAAUUUACAUUUCCAGCAUUUGGCAGACGCCCUUAUCCAGAGCGACUUGCAUUAUCUCAUUUUUUUUUUAAUACAACUGAGCAAUUGAGGGUUAAGGGCCUUGCUCAGGGGCCCAACAGUGGCAGUUUGAUACCCGCAACCUUCCAACACCUUAACCACUAAGCUACCACAUGCCCACCUGUAAGAAAAAACAUUCCAUUUUAACAUUUUAAAGUGAUCGCAUUACCUUUUUUAUGAUGUCAUAAUGUACAUUCAAUAAAUUCUAAAAGAUGUUUUCCUCUC